GUUUCAUACAAACUUUAAGUCUGUCGCAAGGAGAAUGGGUCGUGUAAAAGAUUCCACUAUAACCAAUCACUUGAGGUAAUUUAUUUAUUAGCCAAACUAAUGUUUUUCUUUUGAUUGUUUAAGAGUGUUUGUGCUCUUCAUCAGCUUACAUUGUACCGCAACCCGAUCUAUAAGAACAUCGGGUGGUUUAUAUCUAAAUAUUUAGAAAAAUUCGAAGAUUCAUUAAAAUACCUGAAAUGUUCUCAAAGUACAAGGAUGGCCAAUAAAUUUUUAAGAUGAAAUACCAAAGAAAUCGAUCUGGACUUGCUCACUCAUCUCUAAGAACAGUAUUGUGAAAGAUGCAUUCAUGUUGAUAGAUGAAAUGGCGGAGACAUUCACUGAAAAACUUGUGAGUAACUUAGUUAUCAUAUGUGGUUAAAAUUAAGAAAAGAUGAAAAAUACUAAUUGGUUCCUUUGGCGCUGCGCAGCUCUGAGGAAUAAUAAAUCAAAUAAUUAGCAAGGGUCUGGUUAUUAAACUAACUAUAAAAGAUGGCAUGCUUAAAAUUCCAACUAGUUGCUAUUAGAAUGGGAACAGUCUCAUUCGAGAUAUGAGGAGACACUAUUCUCAGACUUUUGCACAAGACUGCCUUGUUUACUUUCUUAAGCAUAAUAAUUUUC